AUGAUCUACGUGAUCUUGUUUGUGAGGGUAAAGAGAUUAUUCCUUAUGCUAGCAAAUGGAAUUUUGAAUUGGUUGUUGUUUGUGAUUAUGUAA